UCUCUCGAAAUGAACGAAAAGUUUCGGCUUUUACUGCUCAUGAUAUGUCUUCUGCGGGUGCAUCUAAGUAAGACGCAGGAUCACCUCAAGCUGAAGAAACUAACCUCAGAUCUCGUAAAUGCCAUUGCGGAGGCUAAUUCUGGAAAGAAAUAUGGGGCCGAGUGGAUUCCGUCGCUGGGACAAGCUCUUGAAGAGGUACAUAUAACAUCUUCCAGACGGUGUUUCUUGUUUAACAUACUGGUCAGCAAAGUGAAGAAACUCUGUCCCAAUCCUCCCCCAUACUAUCCCCCACCCUCAUUCCGACCGAAACCGCCACCGCCACCACCACCACCACCACCGCCUCCUCCGUCUCCAUCACAGGUACCCACAGUUGUACCCGGUACAACUGCAAUACCAUUUAAUCCCCCAUCAUCCCUUUCGGACGGUCUGGAGUACCCCGAUGGCUCCUACUUUCCCUGGUGCUACAUGCCUCAUUGCCCCACGAUUUGUCAUCCACCCUACUGUUAUGCGUGCAGAUCGCCACACUGCGAUCCCAAAUGCGUUCCGCCGGAUUGCUAUCCACCUUGCAAGGAACCGGGCUGUAAGCUCCCACCGACCUGCUGGCCACCCUACUGUCCAAAUCCCUGCACUCCUCCCAUGUGUAUUCCCGGAAACGUAGAAGGCAGGAUGGCAAGCUGCGUACCACCCUACUGUCCCCCGCCCAUGAAUUGCCAAAAGCCCUACUGCCCAAAGAUUUAUAAGCCCGUGGAGACCAGAUCCAUUUUCGGGUUCGGAGCGUGUCCCAUGCGUGACAUAGUCCGCAGAUCCAAUCGGCGGGUAUAAUCGGCCAAGCUGAAUAAAUCACAAGUGGAUCUAGAGCCUUUAGAAAGCAUGUUAACGAAACUAAUAAAAACGUAAAAAACGGA